GAUGUCACUUCAACAUGUUUAAGUUUUCGGUAUUUCUAAUUCUAGUUGCCGCCGCCGAGUACACUUGGGCAGCCUCCCUUAGCGAGGGUCGAAUUGUGGGAGGCCGAGAUGUGUCCAUAGCCAGACAUCCUUAUCAAAUAUCCUUGCGCUAUAAGUCAUGCGAUGUGUGUAUCUUCAUGCACACCUGCGGUGGAGUCAUUUACAAUGAACAUGUCAUUCUUACCGCGGCCCAUUGUGUCUACAAACGUGAAGAGCGCUCCUUUGUUGUUGUGGCUGGUAGUGAUUAUCGUGCGGGAGGAGAUGGUUUUAUUGGUCUGGUCGACAAAAUUGUCAUUCAUGAGAACUAUAAUCCUGCCUUGACUGAUAACGAUUUGGCGCUGGUAUUUUUGUCCACUCCAUUGGCUUUUAAUGUAUCAAACACCAUAAAACCAGCGGAAUUGACCGAACAAGAACCCAAGGCUGGCUCUAAAGCCUUUGUCAGUGGUUGGGGUACAACUUCAGAGGGUGGAGCAAAUUCUUUGAAACUUCAAGAGGCUGAGGUGAAUAUCGUAGAUCGCAAUGAUUGCGAAGAGGCCUAUGGAUUUGAACGCAUAACUGAAAAUAUGUUGUGUGCUGGAACUGUAACUGGUGGACGUGAUGCUUGUCAAAAUGAUUCGGGUGGUCCCUUGGUGAGUGCCGAUAACAAAUUAGUUGGCAUUAUUUCCUGGGGCAGAGGUUGUGCUCGUCCCGAAUAUCCAGGUGUUUAUGCUAAUAUUGCAUAUUUUAGAAGUUGGAUUGAAAAUACAGUUAAGCUAAGUUCUUAAGUCGAGGGAGAAUAAAAACAAAUAAAACAAUUA